AAAAAAACACUCAAAACUAUACCCAUUCAGCUCUCUCUCUCUCUCUCUCUGACCAUUGUUACACAGUUUCUGCAAAUGGGUGGAUCAAAGCUUGGUUUGUUGAUGCUGUUCAUGGUGGUGCUGGCUGCCUCUGUAUCUUCCUCACACGGCCGGAAACUUCGGGCCAUGCAAGAGAAGAAGAAAGGCGGCGAGAAAUCUUUGGCGGACAGGCUCUAUCUAAGUGCUCUUCCCAAGGGCAAAGUGGCUCCGUCCGGUCCCAGCAAGAAGGGCCACGCCGAGAUCGUCGACGAGAAGCUCAUCGCCCGCCACCUCGCUGAACUCAACCGGAUUCUUGGGUCCGUCCCCAGCCCCGGCGACGGCCAUUAACGACACUACUCCCUCCCCGUAAUCAUCAACUUUCUUUUCUUUUCUUUUUCCACCCUCAAUUUUGGAAAAUUCGCUCCUAUUUUCCGGCCGGGCUUAAGUCAGAACUGCAUAGUAUAAUUAUAGGGCUUUCCUUCUUUUGUUUUAUUCUGUUCUUUUCAUAUACAGUUUUGAUUCUUUGAUAUAUAUAGAAGUGCAGUUGUAUUGA